CAGAUAUAAGUUGCGAUGGAAGAGGAACGUCGGAUUUGGUGUCUGUCCCCCAUUUCCAAUUAUAGAUGGAUCAUUACAGACAGAGAAGUACUGAGAAUCCAGACAUCUGCUCUUCACAUGAAUGCACUCACCUCCUAGAGAACAGCCUGCCAUCAUGCUCUGGAAACUGGUUGAAAAUGUCAAGUAUGAAGAUAUCUAUGAGGACCGGCAUGAUGGAGUGCCCAGCCACAGUUCCAGGCUGUCCCAGCUGGGAUCCGUCUCGCAGGGACCCUACUCCAGCGCUCCUCCGCUCUCUCACACCCCAUCCUCGGAUUUCCAGCCGCCUUAUUUCCCACCCCCCUACCAGCCUCUUCCUUACCACCAAAGCCAGGACCCUUACUCCCAUGUCAAUGACCCCUACUCCCUAAACCCCUUGCAUCAGCCCCAGCAGCACCCCUGGGGACAGAGGCAGAGGCAAGAGGUGGGAUCAGAGACCGGGUCACUGCUGCCACAGCCUCGGGCCGCCCUGCCCCAGCUCUCGGGACUGGACCCCAGGCGGGACUACCACUCAGUUCGGAGGCCAGAUGUCCUCCUGCACUCAGCUCACCAUGGCCUUGACUCCGGCAUGGGGGACAGCCUUUCUCUGCAUGGCAUCGGACACCCAGGCAUGGAGGAGGUGCAGUCAGUUGAAGAUGCCAAUAACAGCGGUAUGAACUUAUUGGACCAGUCUGUCAUUAAAAAAGAAAGGCGCUGUCCGUUGUACAAAAGGCAUCGGGGGGCUCUGGGUGAGACACAGGCUCAGACCCGAAAGUUGCCAGUUCCGGUUCCUCCAAAAUCUGUUACUUCUUUGAUGAUGAAUAAAGAUGGCUUCCUGGGUGGCAUCUCAGUCAACACCGGAGAGGUGUUUUGCUCUGUACCUGGCCGCUUGUCUUUGCUUAGCUCAACUUCAAAGUACAAAGUAACGGUGGGAGAAGUUCAGAGACGCCUUUCCCCUCCAGAGUGUCUGAACGCAUCCCUCCUAGGAGGAGUACUUAGAAGAGCCAAAUCGAAAAACGGGGGGAGAUCUUUGCGAGAAAGGCUAGAAAAAAUCGGUUUGAAUUUACCAGCCGGCAGGCGUAAGGCCGCAAAUGUCACUUUACUCACCUCCCUGGUGGAAGGUGAGGCCGUUCAUUUAGCUCGGGAUUUUGGGUACAUCUGUGAAACGGAGUUCCCAGCCAAAGCUGUUUCUGAGUACCUGAACAGACAGCACACGGACCCCAGUGACCUCCACUCCAGGAAAAACAUGCUGCUUGCUACAAAGCAACUUUGUAAAGAAUUCACAGAUCUCUUGGCGCAGGACAGAACGCCCAUUGGGAACAGCCGGCCCACCCCCAUUUUGGAACCGGGCAUUCAGAGCUGCUUGACUCACUUCAGCCUCAUCACCCACGGCUUUGGGGCCCCUGCGAUCUGCGCCGCCCUCACGGCCCUCCAAAACUACCUGACUGAAGCUCUCAAAGGCAUGGACAAGAUGUUCUUGAACAACAACACUGCUAACAGGCACACAUCUGGCGAAGGACCAGCUUUGCCCGCUUGGCUUAUGAGCUUCUUCAAAGAGGACUAGAGAUCCCUACACAAUAUAUCAGGUACAGAGAAAAAAAAUCCACAAUUCUGAUAUUCUGAUACUUUUUUUAUUUUUUGCUUUUUUUGCUUUUUUCAAAUCAAAGCCAGUUGUUACUGAAUUCUGUAGGUGCACUUCUUUAAAGAAGCUCAAAGGGAAUAAUUUGAACAAGAUAAAAAUCUAAGUUGAAAUCGAGGUGUACUGUUGCAAAGAGAAUAAGAGCUGUGUUGAAUGUUACGGCACUUGCUUGGCACUAGGGUUUUGUACCAAGGGAGGAAAGAGUUGCCAUGUGAGCCGGCUCCUCGUGAUGGGAGUGGGGAGGGUUUGCCAGGGAAUAUCCUGAUUUCUGAGCUCAGUCUGAGGAAAUCUGUUUCUCUUAGAAAGUUUUUUUUUAAAAAAAAACAAAAAAAAUGUCUUGUGACUCUUGCUUUGGAACAAGUCAGUGUGGUGAGGGGGGCAAAAACUUCUUAACUCCAAUGUUUUUCUUGGUGGUUUGGUGUCUGACAGGAUGUCUUAUGCAUAUGAUUUGGGGUGGUGGGGGUGAAGGGGAAGUCUUGUUUCUUUCCUCUCUCUUUUUUUCUUUUUUCAACAUACAUUUCUCUGUCUUCUCUGGUAAAAAUAACGCUGAAGUGUAAGGAUAUGAAUUUCUGUUUGGAUUCUGCCAUGUUGGGUAAUUGCAUGUGUUUCUCAGUGGGGUAGGGCUCGUGCAUUAACACAUCUUUUGACUUAUGUCAGAACUGGGUGUGGGUAAAUCUCCUGGAGUCUCUGGCAAAAUUCCAGUGGGGUCAGGCCUUCCCCUAGGAUCCCUGUGAAAGCUGCAGGACUCUGUCCCACCAUCCCAAGCGGGCACACCUGAACUCAAAACAGAGAGAGAGAGAGAGAAACCUUAGCCUUCCUUUCAUUUUGAGAUACCUUCCAAUGUGGAUAGUGAGGGAGAAAUAAUUCUGCAAUGUUCUCAGCAUCCUUUGAUGAAAUGUUCUCAAAACAAAAGAGCAAAUGAUCCUCUUGUCCCCUUUAAUGCCCUUGGCUCUCUGAGACAUGGUUACAGCUGAGGGCCUGCUCUGCUUUUCAAAUCUUCUUGCAGCCAGGUCUCAGCUCUGGUUCUCUGCUUGUGAUUUGGGCACACGUGGCAGUAGAAAUCCAGGGAUGAUCCAGCCCCAAGGAGCACUGGCCCCUCCUGACCUGCUCCUUGCUCUUUGGUUCUUCUGGGGCACUGCGGACUCUUCUGUGAGAAAAUGGGAGAACUGAGGCAGGCAGCCUUUUCCAUGGAUUGUUGGGAUGAGUUGGAGGCAGGCUUAGACCCUGGCACGUCCCUGCCAGUGGGUUUGGUUGUGGCAGGGAUUGUCACAUUCCUGUGGAUGUCACCAGAGGAGGUGUGGUGGUCAAACCUUGGGUCGCCCACCAGCAGGCUGGGGACCUUCAGAUUGAAAAACAGCAUCUCCAGUCCUCCAAAUCUUACCCCUUGCCGACCACCCCAAAGUUCAUCAGGCUGCUGGAAAAGGACAAUCCAGGCUCCAAUGUAGGGCAUGGCCCAGCAGUGAAGCAAAGGAAAGGGAAAGAGGGAAUUUGGGGAGGAACAAAUGGCCCCACCUGGAAGCACAGCUCCCUUCUCUGCCUGAUGGGAAUAUCCUGUUUAUUGGAGCAGAGCACCAAGUGUUGGAUGUUCCUUUGACUUCCCCCUGCAAAUAGGAUUUGUGAGGAGCCUGUGUGUUCAGCCCUUCAGCAUCGCCCAGCCCAGUGGGGCUUUUGGGUGUGGGGAGACCCCAAAUUAUCUCUCAGCCUUCCACAUCCCCAGCUGAAUGUGCUUUGGGGCCAUGGGAACCUGGCCCUGCUGCCCCAGAGCAUCCAUCUGGAGGCUUUGGGGCCAUUUGGGAAUGGCCUUUCUUUGUCUUUGGGGAAAUGUAGGGAAUUCUCCUUUUAACUGCAGAGGACAGUGUCCCACCACCACUGUGCGUUAAUGGGGAGAGGAAACUCUUGGAAUUUCCUGGGGAAAGACUUAUAUGUGUGAGGGCCUGAUCCUGCUGCUGCUGAAAUCUUCCCUAGACACAAGUUUGGUCACCUGGACCAUGACCUAAACCUUGAGCAGGUUGAGGGAAGAGCUUCAGUCUGUCCCUUGUGCCUUCUGCCUGGAGGAGACAAACUGCAGUGCUCAGGCAAAAUAAAUCCAAAUUCCCAUUGGUUGCAGUGGGAUGCCCUCCCCCCACUUGCUCCCCAAAGUGUGGAGACAAAAUUCAAGAGGUUUAUGGCUUAAUGCAAUCAGGCAGGGAACAGGAGAGGAACACAUCCCUCUGUCCUUCCCCUCAGCCUAGUGCUGGUCCCAGAGGGAAUUGUGCAUUGCUUGGUGGCUCCUAUCAGUGCUGAGUACAGAGGUCUCCCCCAAAUUAAACUCAGCCUCCCUCUGGAAGGUAUUUUCCUGCUCGCUUCCACUUUCCCAGCCUGACUACUCCUGUUGGCGGGGCACCUCAGACGUUUAUCUGAUAAUUGAGUUAUUAAAAGAUUUGGUUUCCUCGGGAUCAUGAAUCAAUAAACAGGAGGAUUAACAAGGCAGCUUUGCUUUGUAACUCAAGGGAAAAGUUUGAGGAGAGAUCAUGAAAAGUUUGUUUUCAAACCAAACAGGUGGGUUGCUGUAAAUUUUAUUUCAUUCUUAGUCUCACUUCUUCUUUUUUUUUUUUUUUAAUACCAAUUCUUUAUUUGCCUUUGGAAAGAUUUUUACUUUCGUACGCUCCCUGACUUUUUUUUUCCUGGUUGUUAUUCACACAAGAUGUGAUGGAAACAAGAAGCCAAUUUCAUGGGAAUCCUUUUACAACCCUAUGGUUUCUUUAAAAAUCGGGUUGUGUCUUGUCCCACCUAAUAGAAAUUCUCUGUGAGAAGCUGUUCAAAGUCCCUUUGCGCCCCAGACCAAUCUCUCCCCAAAUCCCCAGAUUUGCAUUUGGGGCUGGCAGGGAGCGGGGAAGGAUGGUUUUAAGACCUUCAGCUGUGCCCUAAGGGCUUAUUCGCUUCUCCUGCUCCUCUCUUUCUGACCGGUUUAUCACACAGACCUGUCGGGCUCUGUUUUAAUACAUUUCUCGGAGAAUUUGGUGCUUGUUUCAGCUGCCGUAAGCAUUUACCAGAUCGACCCAGACAACCUCCCCCUCCCCUCCGGCUUCCCUGUGUGAGAGAGACCGUAGGCUUUUUACAAAUAGUAUAUUUUCUUAUACAAAGGGAAAAAAAAAGUAAAAGAAAACAUCCCCAAACACACUGGCAAACGCCUGAACAUUUCGAGAGAGACGAAACACUGUGUGCCAGCAAGAAAUAAAGUAAAAAAAAAAAAGAUACCAAACCCGAAACAAACGCAAAGCUAUGAAAAAGCGAAUGAGAAACUGGAAAGAUGAAAGACAAAAAUAAUAAAAAAUUCUCCUUUUAUGCCCCAAACAAUCCCUUUCACCUCCUCUUCUUGAAAAAUCUGACCAUGCAGUGAGAAAUAUCAGUUUAUCGACUCUUCCUGAGAAGAAAUGCGGAGAGGCAUUCAGUAUUGAGUUUGUAUAUAUUUAUUUAUGCUUAAUUUAACGGGAAUGUGUAAAUAUGGCGAGCAAGUAGUUUUUGGGUUAUUUAUCUGUGACUCUAUACCUCUGUGAAUGGGUGGGGGAAUUUAAAAAUGAAAAGUAUAAAAAAAAAAACCAAACAAAAAAGAAAGAAAAAAUAAAACCAACAAAAAAAAAUCCCGCUUGACUAGAUAGUAUCCUACCUGAAUCUUUUCUGUUCUUUAUAGACAAGCUGUUAUGGUAAUGGGUAGAAAUUGGUUUCUUGUCCAGUGAUGACCUGAUUUACAUAAAUAAUAAGAAUAAGAAUAAAAAAAAAAGAGAUUGUUGUGUUUUGUUGUAUUUUCCUCUUCAGUUUUUUUGAAUGUUGGUGCUGCUUCGAUUCUGCAGACGGAUUUACUUAUAAUGCCAAGAAGUCUUUAUUUUCCCAAUCUAGGCUUUGGGGAAAUUCAGGACAUGUCUCUACAUAAAAAAAAAGAAAA